AUGUCACUUGAAGACUUUGAAACAAUUACAAAGCUCGGAGAAGGCGCCUUUUCAAAUGUCUACAAAGUAAGGAGAAAAUCUGACAACAAAGUUUACGCAUUAAAAAAAGUGAAGCUGAUUUCUUUGAAUAAAAAAGAAAAAGAUAACGCAGUAAAUGAAAUCAGAAUUAUGGCUUCCUUUGCCCAUCCCAACAUCGUAGCUUACAAAGAAGCAUUUAUUGACGAGCCCAGCAAUACUUUGUGCAUUGUCAUGGAAUUAGCUGAAGACGGUGACCUCUUGAAAAAAAUCAAUGAAAAAAAGAAAGCGAGGAGCCAUUUCUCAGAAGCAGAGCUGUGAGAUGCGCUAAUUCAAAUUACAAGAGGUUUAAAAGCCUUGCAUGAUUCAAAGAUUUUACAUAGAGAUUUGAAGGUAUUUUUUAAUUAGUGUGCAAAUGUGUUUUUAAACAAAGAAGGAGUACUCAAGCUAGGAGAUUUAAAUGUUUCAAAAGUAAGCAAGAUGGGGAUCGCCCACACGCAAACUGGCACACCUUAUUAUGCGUCCCCAGAAAUUUGGAAAAACCAGCCUUAUAACUCUUCGUCUGAUAUAUGGUCAUUAGGAUGCGUUAUGUAUGAGAUGGCUGCACUGUCUCCACCUUUUACUGCUAAUGAUAUGCAAGGGCUGUAUAAAAAGGUGAUUAAAGGGAUUUAUCCAAAUAUUCCGCAGAGCUAUUCGGUAGAUUUAUCAAAUAUUAUUAAAGCCAUGCUUCAUGUGAGCCCAGAAAGCAGGCCAAACUGUGACCAAAUUUUAGAUAAUCCAGCGGUAGUAAGGCGCACUCGUCAAAAAGAGAUAGAAGAUGGAUCAGGAGAUUUAUUAGGGACAAUAGCUUUUGUGCCAAAUUUUAAAUAUUUGAAAGCAAAGCUACCGAAGUCUAAAUAUGAAAAUAGGGAAAGAGGCUUGAGUGCGAAUUCUUCAAGAAAUUCUGAGCAGUCUCCACAUAGUUUUGAUGUAGAAAAUCAGCCGAGAAAUAUAUCAAGUGCCAGAAAUGAGAUUCCAAGGGUUAAAAAAGAUGAUCUAGUCCUUCCUAAACUAUGCUAUAUUAAAUUAUAUUUAAUUAUGAAUUAUUCUUCAAUUUUAUACUAUUUCGUUAUAUUGAAAUUAUCUUAUUGCUGUAUACCCCCAAUAAGCGAACAUAAAGAUUAUCCUCCUUCAUCCAGGAGAAAUUUGCUUCCGCCUAACUUCACUCACGGAGGGGAGUUAAUUUUUUUUUCAAAAUUUAAAAAAAAUCCUAAUUUAAUUUAUAAAAUUUAUGUUUUAAAACGCAAUUGUUUAAAAUUAAACAGAAUUAGCUCGAGAUUUCAUUAUAAUAAUUAUCAGUUAUAUAUCAAUUUUUUUUUUCAUAAAACACUUUUUCUAUAAAAAAUUUUUGCUCACUCAGAGAAGAUAAGUUUUUGGGGCAAAAAAUAGCAAUAUUUCUAAUGGUUUGUUCACUCAUGGAGUGGGGGGAGUAAGCAAUCUUCUCCAAAACAUAGCCCAGAGCACCAAGGAAUCGUCAUCAAUAGAAACUCUCCUAUGCAAAGGAUUUCUUCAAAACCUGAAAUAAUCCACAGAAUCCAGUCACGACAAAACAUCGAAAAUAGCUUAGCCGAAGUGAAUGUGUCAAGACCGGAAAACAAACCAAGCAUUGUAAAUAGAAAAAAUGAAAAUUUAAUGCCUUCUCCUCCCGCUUGUCCAAGGCCCCCAAGACCUAGAAACCUAAACAGGAUUGCUUCCCUCAUUUUGGGCUCUCCCAAAUCUGAGAUCCCUAAGUCAGAAGCCCCAGCGUUUCCAAGCCCAAUGGCGAAUCGUAUAGAAUAUCUCAAACAAAACGACAAUCCUAUAUUUUCCCCACCCCCACAGCCAGUUAAUUCAAGAAUUAAUAGGCCAGCAAAGCCACACUGGUGGGGUUAA